UUUCCCUUCUUUUCAUCUCUCUCUUUCCGAUUUCUUUCUUCAUGUCUUUGUCUUUCUGCUUCUUUCUUUCAUUUGACUUGCUUAUUACAGAAAUGGCGGCUACUUCUUGCUUAACUUCCUACUAUCCUACCUGGGAAACCACUCACGACAACUUCCUUAACUUCACACAAACCUUGGACGACGACCCUUCGCCACUUUUCUUCCCCCAACCACCGCCGCCGCCGCAGCCAGUGGAUAGUCAUCACCUUCUUGAACCUUCGGCGGCUGAGCUUCUUUUUGGCGGCUUCAAUUACAACCAUGAUUUUGUUCUUCCAGAACCCACUCCGGUGGACCCUCUUUUCAACUCCGGUGACCCUAUUUUCUCCGGCGACUGCUUUCCGCUGCCGCCUGACUUCUCUUUUCAGCAAGAGCGCGAAUUCAGGGAGGACCCGCCGAAGCGUCAGAAGCUCUUCCACAGUGAAGAAGAAGACAUUACCCAGAGCUGUUUCGGCGUCUUCAUUCCGAACCCUCCUCGGCUGCACGAGUUCAAGCCUCCGCCUCCACCGCCGUUGCCGGAGCUCCCGGGUGGGCCGCUUACGGCUUACUGCUCGGAGGCGGAGAGUUGGAUGGCGGGGAAGAAGAGCGACGGCGGGAAGACGUUGUCGCCGCAGAGCAUCGCCGCUCGGGAGAGGCGGAGGAGGAUCACGGAGAAGACGCAGGAACUGGCAAAGCUGAUUCCCGGCGGCCAGAAAAUGAACACCGCCGAGAUGUUUCAGGCUGCCUAUAACUACAUCAAGUUCAUGCAAACCCAAGUUUCAGUACUUCAGUCUUGCCUCUCGCCAUCUCAGGAAAAUGGGGAGACAUUUAUGAAUGAAGAUUUAGAGACACUUGUGGGGUCUUCGUUGAUUCAGGAGAAAUUGUAUUCGAAGGAUAAGUGUCUGGUUCCAGAAAAGUUCAUCCAAACCCUACCAAAUUCUCAAGAUCUAUUGAUGAGCUCAAUCAACCCACCAAAUUAGGAAUCUAGUUUUUCCCAAUUCUUUGUCUUCUUGUUUAAUUUCCAUUGAUAAGUUAUAGUCUGCCAACUAAUUUAAUUUUUGUGAGUAAACUAGUUAGUCUUUGUGCUUCUUUUUGUUAAUUAGUUUUAUGGUUGUACUUAUUAGGAAUACUUUUCUUGUAAAUAUCUGUUUUACAAGGGAAGUCAAACUGUUGUUUCACUUGGCUAAUUGAUAUGCCAAUUCAAUUGAGUUGC